UCUCUGUAUAACAGUGUAGCUGUCUGUUGUGCCUCGCUCUGUUUGGCGGUUCAGAGUAGAAGGUUAAAAUGCACAUGAUAACGAGAAGCUGCGUCCUACUGUUGUGGUCGCAAUUAAUGACUUCUGUGUCAUCCCAAGACUGUACACUGGAACAGUUUAUAAAGAGCGCUCACUUUGACUCAAAUUUUGACGUAAAUGGUUUGGAUGCCACUUACAGCAGAGGAAAACUAGUGAGAGUUCCCUGCAGUGUUGGCUAUACUGGCUUUUUCAGGAUGAUCUGUCAUGAGGGGAACUGGAUGACUGCUGGCAAAAAAUGUGAACUGAAAUCAUGCGGACAUCCCGGAGAUGCACCAUAUGCAGAUUUCCGACUUGAGAUCGGAGAUGAUUUUGUGUUUGGAUCUCAAAUUAUUUAUGAGUGCAACAGAGGUUAUCAGAUGGUCAGUCGGUCUAGCCGCAGGCGCUGCUUGGCAGAUGGCUGGGAUGGCAUCAUUCCAGUGUGUGAAGCUUUGUGUGAGACGCUCAGUGAUCCGCGACUGAAAGUGAGGGCAGACAUGAUUGAAGAAAGUUACAUGGAAGGAGAAGUGGUUCAAUAUGAAUGCACUAGGCCUGGUGCAAAUAAAGAAGGCAACGCAACAUGUCAGAGUGGCAAGUGGACAAUAUCUGAAAUGUGUCCAGCUGUACAAUGUUCAGCACCACCACUUCUUGAAGAUGGAGACACCAAAUUAGUUCUCAGAUCAGAUGCAGUUUAUCAAACUGGUGACAAAGUUGAAUAUAUCUGUCAGAAUCAGUACAUUAUGAACGGUGACCCAUUUCAAACCUGCAACAACGGUGUAUGGGAAGGAAACAUGAGAUGCAUGAAACCAUGCACUGUGAACGAGGAAUUAUUGAGUCAACAUGGCCUUGACUUUAGAUUUUUUGAUGCAACUAAGAUGUAUGUACCACAUGAGGAUCACCUUUCAUUUGUUUGUCUAAGAGGUAAAAGACGGGUUGGCUCUGUGCCGAUGCGUGUUCACUGUCAUGAUGGUCAGAUGACCCUGCCCACCUGCCAGUAAAGGUUUUCAGGGAACAAGAUAUAAACAUGUAAUCACAAAAAUAUGUAAACUACUAUAGAACCUCAAAAUGCUCAAAAUUAAAUAACAAGCUACUACAUUGUAAAACAAGAAAUUACUUUAAUAAAUAACAGAUAAAUAUAUGACAAUGCAAUGGUGUAAUAACUGAAUGAAUAUUAAAUUUCAUGCUCAUUAUUGUAAAAUAUUGUCAUUUUUCAUUCUGUUUUAAAAUGUACUUAUUAAAAUAAAACAAUUCACUGUAAUUUUCACCCCAAUAGGAACAAUUGCCGUUGCGUCAUUUUUCCUUAAGCUUACCGAACGAUUGGGGUUAAAAAUAAUAAUAAAUAAGUGGCUUGAAAACAGGUCACCCAAAAGAAAAGCUGAAGGAAGAAAACAGAGCCAGGAA